UUCUGCCGAGUAAUCAUUGAUUGAGACGGUUUGUUCGAAACAGCAGUAAACAUGGAAACGAUUUUGGGGAUUAAAGGAUCCGAUUUUGUGAUGCUGGCUGCAGAUUGCACUCAAGCACACUCAAUCAUUUCAUUGAAAGAAGACCAAGACAAAAUUCAUACAAUUUCCGAUAAAUUGUUGAUUGCGGCAAUCGGCGACACUGGUGAUGCAAUUCAGUUUACUGAAUACAUCUCCAAAAAUUUGGCAUUGUACAAAAUGCGCAAUGGGUACGAUUUAAGUCCCAAAUCCGCGGCUCAUUUUACGCGCAGAAAUUUGGCUGAUUAUUUGCGAAGCAGUACUCCGUACCAUGUUAACCUAUUUGUGGCCGGGUAUGAUGAGAACGAAGGUUCCGAGCUGCAUUACGUAGAUUACAUUGCAAACGCCAAAUCGUUGAAUUAUGCCGGACAAGGCUAUGGUGGCAUAUUUGCAGCCAGUAUUUUCGAUCGCUACUGGCAUCCAAAGAUAACACAAGCUGAGGCCUACGAUAUUCUACAAAAGUGCGUCUUGGAAAUUCAAAAGCGUUUGAUCAUCAAUUUGAGCAAUUUCAAAGUAGCUGUUGUCGAUAAAACCGGUGUACGUCGAUUGGAUGACAUCUCGUCGAAGUCACUUCUCAACUACGUUCCAUGAAAAAUAACCACAACAACAAUAAUCGAAUUGAUCAUUUAAAAAAUAAACACUUUGAUAUAAAACGAAUACAAAGCUAAAUAAACUCAUUUAAUUUACAUGGGUUUUUGAUGAUCGUA